GAAAAACGACUGUGGAUUUUGCAUUUGAAAAGGCUGAUAUUGGAGAAUCACCCUGCUAAAAUACCAGCCAAGGCAAAGCAAGCAAUUUUGGAAAUGGAUGCAAUACAUCAUCCAGGCUUCUCCUAUGGUGCAGAGGGGGAGAAGAAAUCCAAUACAAAUCUGAAAGAAGACUCAGUUUCAUGUAGAGUCAGAAGAAAGUCAGAACCAUCCUCAAGCCUGCAUAAAGUAAUGAAUCAAAAUGAUAUGAGCCCUGAAGUUCAGAAGCGCAUCAGCGUGCAGGGUAGUCUACUGUGUCAGGCUGGCAAACUGGGAUCAAGGGAGCUUCUUCUGAAAUCUGGCCUGCGAAAAAGUGCCAAUGUGGGUGACUCCCAAGAUUUCUUCCAGCAAACCUAUAACCGUGAAAAUCUGUGUCUAAGGCCAACAGGACAGACUGAUGCUGAUGAUGAAGAAGAAAGUGAACAGAAUAUGCAUCACAGUUCUCAACAGAAGUCAAAAAGUGGAAGAAAACGAUUAAACAGCCAGGCAUCUGAAAAUGUUGAGAAGCGUAGAAGUAUUAAUCUCAGCCUAUGUGAC